AUGGAGCCCAAAGAAGUCACUGGGAAAGAAAACAUGGUCACCAAGAAAAAGAAUCUGGCCUUCUUGAGGUCCAGACUCUAUAUGUUGGAGAGAAGGAAGACUGACACUGUGGUUGAGAGCAGUGUUUCUGGGGACCACUCUGGCACCUUGAGGAGGAGCCAAUCUGACAGGACCGAAUACAACCAGAAAUUACAAGAAAAGAUGACUCCACAGGGUGAGUGUUCUGUAGCAGAGACCUUAACCCCAGAGGAAGAGCAUCAAAUGAAGAGGAUGAUGACGAAGCGGGAAAAGAUCAUCAAGGAGCUGAUACAGACGGAAAAGGAUUAUCUCAAUGAUCUAGAGCUGUGUGUUAGGGAAGUGGUUCAGCCCCUGAGAAAUAAAAAGAUUGAUAGGCUGGAUGUGGAUAGCUUGUUUAGCAACAUUGAGUCCGUGCAUCAGAUAUCAGCCAAGCUGCUGUCAUUGUUGGAAGAGGCCACAACAGACGUGGAACCGGCCAUGCAAGUAAUUGGAGAAGUAUUCUUGCAGAUUAAAGGGCCACUGGAAGAUAUUUAUAAAAUCUACUGCUAUCACCAUGAUGAAGCACAUAAUAUACUGGAGUCCUAUGAAAAGGAAGAAGAGCUGAAGGAACAUUUGAGCCACUGUAUCCAGUCCUUAAAGAAAAUAUACAUGCAAGAAGGCAAACCAAACUUAUUGGACAUGGGCUCUUUGAUGAUCAAACCAAUUCAACGUGUGAUGAAAUACCCCCUAUUGCUGUGCGAACUUCGGAAUUCCACCCCUCCCUCUCACCCAGAUUACAGAGCACUGGAUGAUGCGUUUGCUGCUGUGAAGGACAUUAAUGUUAACAUCAAUGAACUUAAAAGAAGGAAAGAUUUAGUUCUAAAAUACAAGAAGAAUGACGAGGAUGAAUCACUUAAAGACAAAUUGUCUAAACUAAAUAUUCAUUCAAUUAGCAAGAAAUCAAAAAGAGUGACAAAUCAUUUGAAGAUUCUGACCAGAGGAGAAUCACAGGUUAAAGACAAUACCUUUAACAGAGAAGAAAAGCUGUUUAGAGCUUUAGAAAAGACUGUGAGGCUUUGUGUGAAGAACAUUUCACUCUGUCUUCAACACAUACAGGAUGCCAUGCCCCUGGCUCUGCAGAGUGUAAUGGACCUUCAGGAGAUUUCAUACAACAAAGAUGAUGAGAUGGGCUAUUCUGAGACCCUAAGUAAUGCCUUAAAUUCGUGUCAUGACUUUGCAUCUCACUUACAGAGACUCAUCCUGACGCCCUUGUCAGCCCUGCUGACCUUAUUCCCAGGGCCUCACAAGCUCAUCCAGAAACGCUAUGACAAACUGCUGGAUUGCAACAGCUACCUGCAGCGAUCAGCAGGAGAGGAGUCAGACUUGGCCAAAAAGGAGUAUGAGGCCCUCAAUGCCCAGCUUGUGGAGGAGCUCCAGGCGUUCAACCAGGCUGCUCGGAAGAUUCUGUUGAACUGUCUGUGCAGCUUUAUCACCCUCCUUAGGGACCUGAUGCUCGUGGCACAGCAGGCUUACUCCACACUUGUGCCGGUGCCACUGUCGGUUUCAAGCAUUUCUGAGAUUCAGAAUCAAGUACUAGAAGAGGUCCAAAAUUUGAAUUGUGUGAAAGAAAACAGUGCCACCUUUAUUGAGAGGAAACUCAGUUUUGAAAAGAAGAAGCCUGUGCAGAUUCUGCCAGAAAUGCCACGUCAAACUGACAUUCAUCGCUCCAAACUUCUAUCCACAUAUAGUGCAGAGGAACUCUAUCAAGCUAAGCGCAAGUGCAAUGCUACACAAGAAUAUGACAUCAAUCUUCUGGAAGGAGAGUUGGUGGCUGUGAUAGAACAGAAAGAUCCACUGGGGAGUACAAGCAGGUGGCUUGUGGACACAGGAAAUGUGAAAGGAUAUGUUUAUUCCUCCUUCCUAAAACCCUACAAUCCAGCAAAAAUGCAGAAAGUGGAUACUGAGAACAGAUUCUGUGAUGAUGAUUUUGAGAACAUCAGCCUCUUUGUGUCUUCUCGGCCAGCUAGUGACAGUGUCACAGGCACCUCAGAAAGCAGCAUUGGUGAUAGCAGCUCAUCUCUUAGUGGCACAUGUGGAAAGUUUGAAACAAAUGGUACUGAUGUUGACAGUUUUCAAGAAGUAGAUGAACAGAUUUUCUAUGCAGUUCAUGCUUUUCAAGCACGGAGUGACCAUGAACUCAGCCUUCAGGAAUAUCAGAGAGUUCAUAUACUUAGGUUUUGUGACCUAAGUGGCAAUAAAGAGUGGUGGUUAGCUGAAGCUCAAGGGCAGAAAGGAUACGUGCCAGCUAACUACCUUGGAAAGAUGACUUAUGCUUAA